AUGGUCGGUUUGAUAAAGGGGUUGGGUGCCAAUGUCUUGGGUAAUGUCGAUGGUCAGAUUCUGGCUUACGUGACCGAGAAAGGCACUCAAUCGCGUAACCGUAUGACGCUGAUAACAUCUACAGUUUCGAUGAUCGCAGGCAAACAGCGCAAAGAGCCCAUCGUAACUCUACCAAUGCUGAACGGCAAACUCUACGUCAUCAACUCCCCAGAUCUUAUUCAAGCAGCCUUGCGAAACAACGACAUAUCCUUCACCCCAUUCAUCCUCGAAUCAUCCAAAGCAAUGUGGGGUCUCAGUGAUAACGCGAUGGCUUCUAUUUCGGAUCUGGCAAAUCUCAAGGGAGGAAUGCAAAUCAUUCAUUCUACGCUGGGCGGAGAGAGCCUGCACAAGCUGAAUAUCAGCUCACUGUCGAGAUUCAUGACUUACCUCAAUCGUGUCAAGCCAGGAGAAAAUAUUGGAAUAGCCGAUACGUAUAUCUGGCUUCGAGACAUGCUCACUGACGCGUCUGCUACAGCUGUGUAUGGACCCAAGAACCCUAUCACGGUGGAUAAGAUGCACUUGGUCUGGUACUCCCUCUUACAAUCCAUCUACUCAACGUGUUCUAAUAGCGGCAGGGACUACGAUAAGCAGGCACUACUUGUGGCAAUCGGCUUACCAAGUUUCGUGACCAAGGCCGCCAUCAACGCAAGACUCAAAGUGAACAAUCUCCUUCUCUCAUACUACAAGAACGGUGGUAAUCACGAAAAGGGCGCUUCUGAGAUCAUCCAACAGAGGGCCACAUAUCUUCGCAAAACCGGCUUUACAGACGACGACCUAUCGCAUAUGGAAUUUAUGAUUCUCUGGGUCGGAGUCACAAACACAGCGCCUGUGUUAUUCUGGCUCUUCGUUCACGUACUCACCAGUGCUGGCUAUACGUCUCGUGUGCGCGCGGAGAUUGAAGCGAUCACCAUUAUUACCAAAACUCCUGAAGGACGCAAAGCAACGUUUGACACGAGAUUACUUGAGAAGUCCUGUCCGUUUUUGAACGCGUGUUAUCAAGAGUGUCUGAGACAUUAUUCACAUUCCAUCGGUAACAGACGCGUUAUGCAAGACACGGAGAUCCAGGACUCUCAAGGACGGAAAUAUCUACUCAAAAAAGGCGUCAAUGUUCAAUGGCCUCCACCAGUUACGCAUUUUAACACCGAGGUCUGGGGUCAAGACGCCGAUGUGUUUAGACCCGAGCGAUUUAUGGAUGUCACGCCGCAAGAUGAGAAGAAGAGGAGAGGUGCUUUGCUUUCUUUUGGGGGUGGAAAACAUCUUUGUCCUGGGCGAAAGUUUGCAUAUACAGAACUGUUGGGACUGGUGGGCGUUGUUGCGCUGGGUUUUGAGGUCAAAGGGUUGGAGUUGCCAGAAUCGAAGUAUGCUGGCAUAGGCAUUGGUGGCAAGAUGCCAGAUUGGGAGAAUAUGGAGAAGGGAUUUGGGUUGAGGAGACGGGAGGGUUGGGAGGAUGUCACAUGGGUCUUUGAUGGGGAUAAUUGA